AUGGUAGAGCAACCCGCAAACGUGGAUGCCGCCGUGAAUACCCCAGUUGUGGUUGAUUCAAACGAUGAUGGAACAGUCGCCCAGGAACUGGAAUUAGAGCAUAUGAGGAGUACAUUGGAAGAGGCGAUUGUGGAAACGCGCAGUACGCCUCUCGAAAAUCGACCGCGACUUCCCCGCAUAGCCCUAAGCAAGCGGAAUCGGGCUGUCGUGAGAGCUCUGAACCCAAUGCUGGUGACCUAUUUGGAAGCCAGCCGGGACCUUUGCGAGACGGACUCAAUUCUUUUUGGCGCCGCGCUGGCAGUCUGCCGUAUCAUAGGCGCCAAGGUUUCCACGGCUGGACGCGCUACUGGCCAUAGUAGCGCUAUCCCAGCAUGGAGAAGAAGAAUUGAGGAACGUAUCGCAAAGGCUAGAGCUCUCAUCGGCAGACUGAUAUGCUUCAGAUCAGGCAAUAACAGGCCAAGAAUUAUGCGCACCGUCAGGAUGGCGUUUGCUGGGACAAAUGUCAGUUUGUCCCAGCCGGAUAUAACGCAAAAACUGACGGAGCGCAUAGAUGAUCUGAAGCAAAGAAUCGCUGCUUGGGGAAAGCGUAUCGAGAGGUCGACACGGUUCAACCAGAAUCGUCUCUUCCAGAGUGAUCAGAAGAGGCUCUAUGAAUCAUUGGAGCGACCAAUGGUAAGUGGAACGGGUCCAGCACCGAAUCAGGCCGACACUGUAGCAUUCUGGCGCGGCCUGUGGUCAGAGCCCGUAAACCACAGCGGGGGCCCUUGGACGGAAGUUGUGGCGAAUCAGUGUGCGGGUAUUAUGCCGAUGGACCCCGUCAUCAUAACGCCGGAUGACGUAGCUGAAGCGGUCCGUAGGGCCCCGAACUGGAAAAGUCCGGGGAUUGACGGGCUGCAUCACUAA